ACAUCCAAGUUCCUGAAAAAAGAUAUGGAAGCACUGAGGGUGAGCUACAUGUCUACCUCAGAUGAGAACGAUGUAAUACUUAAUUUAUCAGUCACUAACUUUUCGAAUCAGUAUGCUAUUUCUCAUAUUAGUCAUGAAAUACUUAAAGAUUCAGAUUUUAAAGUCGACAGAUUUAUAUGUAUUACGGAUCCUACAGUUUGA